UCCAGAAUCCUCCCUUCUUCUCUUUCACUGACAAACUCUCUUUCUCUCUCUGCCCCUCGAGAAUGGCGCUUCGGAAAAAGCUAGCGGAGCGUCUGUUGAGAGGUUACAGGAUUCCCUCACCGUUGGUCAGUUCAGAAAACUCUUCGAUGGUCUCACUGCAGAACGCCCCCCGACGGGAUUACGUCUCCUCGCCCGAACCCGUCUUGCGAGGAUUCUUCCGACGUUUCAUCCACCGGAGAAGUCCCGGCCAGAUGGCUCCGAUGUAUUCGGAGUUUUUCUCGGUGCCAGUCGGGGAGAAACUGGGACAGAUGUUGUCAGGCAUUGACAUUACCGAAGAUCGCCUUUGGUUGGGAGGGCUUACUCCACCUCCCCAGAUGGAUGCUGCGGCCGGCGAAUCGUUGGCUAAGAUUUCGGUUGAGGAUGCCAGGAAGCUACUGAGGGCUUCUCAGGUCGAGCAGCUUAAAGCGAAGCUGAGGGAGAUUCCCAAGAGUUCGAUAUCUUAUAAUGAGUUUGUUCAAGUCUGCCUUGACGGAUGCGGAAAUCAAGCUCAAGCUUUGGAGUUCGCCAAGACGCUGGAUGAGUCUGGCAACGUCAUCGUUUUGGGUGACGUCGUUUUCCUCCGCCCCGAGCAGGUGGCUAAAUCAAUGGAGACCUUAAUUUCACAGUCGGUGGCCCUCCCAAACGACCCAAGAAGAAGAGAGCUGGACGAAAUGGAGAAACAAAAGGCUCAAAUAGACAAAAAGGCUAAGACUUUGGUUCGCCGUGAGCUUUUUGGUGGGCUGGGGUUCCUAUUGGCGCAGACGCUUGGGUUCAUGAGGCUGACGUUUUGGGAACUGAGUUGGGAUGUCAUGGAGCCCAUAUGCUUCUUUGUCACCUCCCUUCACUGCGUCAUGGCCUAUGGUUUUUUCCUCAGGACUUCGACGGAACCUUCCUUCGAAGGCUUCUUUCAACGCCGUUUCAAAGCUAAACAGAAGAAACUCAUGAAGGUCCACAACUUUGACAUUGAAAAGUACAAUCAACUCCGCCAGGCAUUUUAUCCCAAUUCCUCCCCCUAUGGCUUGCCCAACUUGGAGCGUAACUCAACCUUGAAACAUAAAGAGGAGGCAAUUAUCUAAGGCCCGUGCAAAGGAAACUAGUAGAGUUUUUUUUAUAGUAAUGAGUAGAAAACGGAUGAAAUUUGUUUAUUUUUGAAAUAGAAUUUUCAUUUGAAGUAUCGAUUUUCCAAACUUAUUAGUCUCAACUAGUUGUAGGAUUAAGUAAACCCAAAUGUUAUGGGAUGCAAGAAGCAAGAUCUACAUCCAUGGUUGUACUUUAAGUUUUUCAGGUGUAUAGUAAAUAGUCGUGUGGGGAUUAAAGGGCUCAAACAAUGCAUUUAAAAUGAAUUGAAGCCUAAGUUGUGUAUAUAGACAUGAACUCACUAGGCUUUGUUUUGAGGUCCAUGUGUAUGUAAUUUUAAGAUCUUAAGUCCAA